CACCCAUUCACUGCAGAGACACUGAUGCAAUGCUGCAUUUCUACAAACCUGAUGAAGAAACACACUCAUCCUGAUCAUGGAUGACCUGAGGAUGAACACAUUUUCAUCAAGUGUCCAUUUUGUGUGAACUAUCCCUUUAAGGACACAGAAAAUGUUGUUGUAGACUUUGGUUUCUGUUGGUACGGUUAAUAAUUUGUGUCAUAAUACACUAAGAGUGAAAUAACAGCAGUCAUAUUCACACACUUGUCUGCAGAGUCUCAGCAAAGUUAAUUUUAAUUCCAUCUGGAAAGAUCAGAGUACAUCUAAAAUGAGUUUCCAGGUCUGGUUUUUAGAUAGACGAAAGGGGACUACAAUAAAGGUUUCUGUGGCGAACUCUAAGGAGGAGUUCAAGAACACUACAGUUGAAGAAUUGAAAAGAAAACUCUUUUCUGAAGACAGCAGAUAUAAAGUCUGUGAACUUUACUGCAAUGGUGAGUGUCUGUUUCAUGAUCGGACACUUGGCUCUCAUGGCAUUAAACACAAUGAUGUUAUUAUGAUUGCUCCACCGAUGCUUCCACAAAGUCUCUCAUCUGAACAUGAACGUGAAGGUGAAUUCAUAUCCAGGACAGAAUCUAUGGAGAAAUUAACGCUGAAUAUGUAAAUGAUUAGACUCACAC